UCGACAAUUUUAAGGAUAAAGCCAUAGAUAGAGUGUGAUCUGAGAAUAUUUAAGGAAAAGAAGACAGAAACAGAGAGAGACGACUCGAGGAGAGUAGAGACACAACUGUAGACUCAAGUCACACAAAGAGACAACAAAAAAACAUCACUACUACAGCCUCAGAAGAAGAAGAAGAAGAAGAAAAGAAAAUCUUCUACAGUUGAAAAGGGUCUGAGAGAAAGAGAGACAGAGGCACAGAGCCAAAGUAAGAGAGAUGGAGAGAGAAUGCGAACAAGGAGAGAUGGAGCCAAAGCUUAGACGAAGUUUUACGGGCUUUACUAGUAGGAGAGCUGGUCCUUCUACUCCUCCACCCACGUGGCGGCUCGAGUUUUCCCCGCCGCCGCCGCGAGUCGGCGAGACCAAGGAGUUUUUGGCGAAUCCGGAGGUUUCCGUCAGGAAACUGUGCGCCGAUUUGUGGGAAACUGAACAAUUCCGACAAAGAAUUGGGUUGCGACGGUGUCGACGACGGGAUUCAGAUGCGGAAUCACCUUCCGGUAGACCACUUCACGAUCACCAGCCACCGAGCAGAGGUAGCCUGAGGAGGCAAAUUGUAGCAACUGAUGAUCAUAGAGUGGUCCGUAGAAAUGGCCAUCUGUUGCAACCAACCUCUCCUGCAAGUUGCAGCAGCAGCAGUUCAUUGGAGGUUGUGGUGCCUAAACCAGCGUUUAGUCAGACUGGUUCUUCGGUGGUUAAGUCUGCGAACUAUGGUUUGGGUUCCUCUACAAAGCUUCUCAAGGUGCUAAACCGGAUAUGGAGUCUCGAGGAACAGAAUACUGCUAAUAUGUCUUUGGUUAGAGCUCUAAAGAUGGAGUUGGAUGAAUGUAGAGCCGAGAUUAAGGAGGUAAAACAACGAGAAAACCAAAGUGAUAGGCGAGGGAGGAAGAAAAUGGAAGAAGAAGAAGAAGAAGAGGUCAAAGAUGUGUUUCGAUCGAUGAAGAAAGACUUGGAUGAUGAGAGAAAAUUCAGAAAGCAGUCAGAGACUUUGCAUCGGAAGCUAACACGAGAGCUUUGUGAAGCGAAACAUUGUUUAUCAAAAGCAUUGAAAGAUCUUGAGAAAGAGAGACAGGAGCGUGUUCUUGUGGAAAAUCUCUGCGAUGAGUUUGCAAAAGCAGUUAAAGACUAUGAAGAUAAGGUGAGAAGGAUUGGGAACAAGUCACCGGUGACUGAUAAAGUAAUUGUGCAGAUUGCAGAAGUGUGGAAUGACCAGAGAUUACAAAUGAAGCUAGAGGAAGAUGAUAAAGACGUUGAAACAUAUAUGCGAACAAGAAGAGAUAACAAAUUGCAGCUUAAGAAGAGUUCAAGCCGACUUCUUAAUCUAUCUAUGUCUUCGGAAGGAGAUAAGAUUCAUCCAGAGAGUAGUGCAAGUAACGUUGAUGAUCAUGAGAGUCGUCGAGAAAAGUCUAGAACUUUCUCGAAGAUUCUUCAGAGGAAUGUGAAUGCAGCAAUGAGAGAAGAUAAUCAUCGUACUCUCAAGGAUAAGCUGAUGGAAGCUCGUGUAGAGAGUCGACGUUUACGUUCUAAUUUCAAAUCAGAGUUGAGUCCGAGCGAUCCGGUUCAAGCAUGAGCCAAUUAGAUAGUUCUGUCUCAUGUUGGAGUAAUUAUCUAGUUGCGGUCAAUGUUUGUUAGUAAUUGUUUACAUUUAGAUCUUUAUAUAUCUCUCUCUACUCUCUCUAGCUAACCGUUAACUAUAAACUUGUAUAUUUUUUUAAUAUGAUAGUAUGUCAUUAGAUCA